GCAUGGUCCAGCUACCAGGUGGGAGAUUCCAGAUGGGAACAAAUUCACCAGAUGGCAGAGAUGGUGAAGGGCCUGUCCGGGAGAUGACAGUAAAACCCUUUGCCAUUGAUAUAUUUCCUGUCACCAACAAAGAUUUCAGAUGGAGAUAAUCAUGUUCUGCCUCCCUCGCAUGAUUGUUGUGAGAGUGAGGAUGUGAUGAAGACCUUUCAGAAAACAGACCUGUUCCCCACCCUUAAAUAUUCUCAGCAGUUUUAUUCAUAAUCUCCAAAAGCUGGAGAUAACCCAAAUGACCUGCAAGUGGUGAAUGGAAAAGCAAAAUACAGAACCUCCACACAAUAAAAUGGUAUUCUGUAAACAGAGGAACAAACUAAUACUGGCAACAACGUGGGUGAUUCUCAGAAGCAUUAUGCUAAAUGGAAGAAGCCAGACUCUAAAGCUACAUACUGUAUGAUUUGAUGGAGUUUGUCAGGGAAAAAAAGUACCGGACAGAGGCUGAGAAGUUUGGGUGGAGUUUUGUCUUUGAGGACUUUGUCUCGGAUGAGCUUAGAAACAAAGUGGCCCAUCAGAUGGAGUCUGUUCUCUGGUGGCUUCCAGUGGAAAGGGCAUUCUGGAGACAGCCUGCAGGUCCUGGCUCUGGCAUCCGAGAGAGACUGGAGCUCCCAGUGGUACACGUGAGCUGGAAUGACGCUCGUGCCUACUGUGCUUGGAGGGGGAAACGGCUGCCCACCGAGGAAGAGUGGGAGUUUGCUGCCCGAGGGGGCUUGACGGGUCAGGCUUAUCCAUGGGGAAACCAGUUCCAGCCAAACCGCACCAACCUGUGGCAGGGAAAGUUCCCCAAGGGUGACAAAGCUGAGGAUGGCUUCCAUGGAGUCUCCCCAGUGAAUGCUUUCCCCCCACAGAAUAACUAUGGGCUCUAUGACCUCAUGGGCAACGUGUGGGAGUGGACGGCAUCACCGUACCCGACCACUGACCAGGACAUGCGUGUCCUCCGGGGGGCAUCCUGGAUCGACACAGCUGAUGGCUCCGCCAACCACCGGGCCCGGGUCACCACCAGGAUGGGCAACACUCCAGAUUCAGCCUCAGACAACCUUGGCUUCCGUUGUGCAUCCAGUGCAGGCCGACUGCCUGGGGAGUUGUGAACAGCUAUGCAGAGCCAAAGAGAAGAGCCCCAUGGUGCCCGUGUCACUCCCUGGCCACGUUCCAGACACAGCCAAACUCCAGACUCUUAAACUUUAGCCUCAGGAACGACAUCCUACUCCUCUUCCAUUCCUCUGUGGCAGGCAUCUCUCACCAGGCCAGGAGAGGACUCUAACCUCAGAGGAGGGUGCCACUGUCUCCUGGAGAAGGGGCCCAACUUAUUGAUUGUGGCCAAGAGCUGGGUGUUUCUCUUAGAGGUCAGAUAUUAACUGUAUAGGGCCCAGUACUCAAACAAUUGGGCCAGAGUGCUCUGAAAGGCACUUUGUUAAAAAUUUUAAAUCAAUGUUUAAUUCAGGGAUCCAGCAUUGUUUUCUCAAGGCAGAAUUUCCCCAUUUCUCUUUGUUUUCCAAGCAAAUUGCUGUAGAAGGAAAAUACUUCUUUCAUUCACCUCAUUUGUAGUGUUUCACAUGCCUCUGAAGGAACCUAAUUUCUGCUAACCGUACGUAGAAUGCAGUAACCAGGCUCUUUAAAGCACAAUGUCAGUCUUAAAAGGGUCUAGGGGAGCCGAAUUAUUUACCAGACAAAACUGUAUUGUGAGAGUCACAAAGUAAAUGAUAUUCCAGACAGACAAAUACCAGAACCUUCCCUUUCUAUUGUUAAUCAGAUCAGGGCUCCCAUAUGCCUCUAAACAUAGGUCCCUAGAAAAGAACCUGCUCCCAUGGUGCCACUGGAUGUUGUGAGGUCAGUAAAACCUCUUGUGAUUGUA